AAAGCAGCAGCCACCAGCACGAGAGAGAGAGAGAGAGAGAGAGAGAGAGAGAAAUGUAUAGAUGCAGCAACGCAGUAAUCGGGUUUCUAAACCUGCUCACUCUUCUAUCCUCAAUCCCAAUAAUAGGAGGAGGGUUAUGGAUGGCAAAGAGCAAAACCUCCUGCGAAAGUUUCCUCCAAACACCCCUCCUAAUCAUCGGCUUCGUCAUACUUAUUCUCUCUCUAGCCGGCUUCAUCGGCUCCUGCUUCCACGUGGCAUGGGUUCUCUGGCUCUACUUAGCCGUCAUGUUCUUACUCAUAGCGGCUUUGAUGGCUCUCACUGUGUUCGGCUUCAUUGUCACCAACAGAGGCGACAGCGUCGUGGUUCCGGGUCGGGUUUAUAAAGAGUACCAUUUGGAGAAUUACUCGCCGUGGCUGAGGAAAAAACUGAAAGACCCUCGCUACUGGGAGACUAUUAGGACUUGUAUUUUGGGGUCCAAGACUUGUGCUAAGAUUGCUUAUUGGACUCCUUUUGAUUAUUUGCAAAGGGACAUGUCUCCUAUACAGUCCGGUUGCUGCAAGCCACCAACUGCAUGCAGCUACGCGGUGGACGCAACGACUCUGGCCCAAGACCCAGACUGUUACCGGUGGAACAACGCCCCCAACCUUCUCUGCUACGAGUGUGAUUCGUGCAAAGCAGGGGUGCUCGAAACCAUGAGGACCGAUUGGCGCAAGCUUUCUAUUCUCAACAUUGUGAUGGUCAUCUUGCUCAUUUGUAUCUACUCUGUUGGCUGCUGUGCUUACCAAAACACGAAAAGAGCACAGACCGAUAACCCCUACGGCCAGAACCGGAUGUCCAAAGUCCGACCCAGAUGGGAUUUCCACUGGUGGAGAUGGUUGGAUGACAGAAGACACCAGCUCUAUUAGGCAAAAGCUUUUACUCUUAUUUUUUUUCCCUUUUGCCUUCAUCUCCCACUUUGUAUUCCUGCUUCCCUAAUAGAUCGAUAUGGGACGAUUCUGUCAAAAUGUAGUAGUAGCUAUGCAUGGGCAUGAAAUUGAGGUUUCAAUGCUUUUCUUUCUUGCUAUGUACUAAUGCUUCUUGCGCAAAGGAAGAUUUGUCUUUAGUUCAAAGAUCAA